AUGUGCUCUCAGAUCCCUGGAGGAGGUGAGGUCGAAGAAGUGAAGGCGGCCUUCGAGCUGCGUCGAGAGCAGCAGGUCGGAGAGGUCUUGGCCAGGCUGGAAGGAGAGCAUUUCCGCCUGUCCGUGGAAGCGGCGCAGGAGGCAAAGCGCCGCCUGAGCGCAGAGGAAGAGGCCACGCAGCUGCGAACAAAGUUGGACAGUCUUCGCAGUCUGCUGGCGGCCCAAGUCGCAGAGGUGGAGGAGGCAAAGAAGGCACCUGAGACGGUGGAGGUUGGCAUCCUGACGGACAACGAAGGCGCGCCGGAGCCAAUGCCCUCGCCCGGCCGCGAGGCGCUGCGCUUCCGCCUGGCCGAAGCGGAGGGCCGGUUGAGCUGCCACAUGGAUGACUCGGCUUCACAGCUCGAGCUCCUGGAGACGCGGCUGCGCCGAGUGUUGGCGUCGAAGAACGACGUCAUCGACGAGCUCAAGGACGAGCUCGGGCGCAGGGAAGUGGAGAUCUUCGAAGCCCGGAGCAUCCUCGCAGGACUGCAUGCGGCCGAGGAGCCACAAAAAGAGCCGCGCGGUACCAGGAGGGCCGCGGCCCUGCUUCUGUGCGGAUUCCUCCUUCGAGUCGUAUGGACGGCGGCGCCUUUCGUGCACCCGGCCGUGUCCAGAAAGCAUCUGCCAAGGACGUGGCGCGCUGCUGUAGUUGGGGGCACCGCCGAUGUGCAGGGCGGCCUGGCGGAAAGCAGAGGUCGUGACACGGCCUUCAUGGAGCGCCUCCGCGGCCUGGCGCGGGAGGCGCUGGCAUGGCCGUUUCUCGAUGAACAGGAGCGACUGGUCUGGGCAGCGGUGCUGGAGUUCGACGCCGUGCCCACACAGGAGUUGCCCCCGUGGUUCUUCCAGCGUCACAACUUCAUCCGCCGCCGGCUAGGCGUGGACCUCUUCAGCUUGGACGGGCGGCGGGCGAUUCUCUGCAGGGCUGGGAACGUUUCCCACUCGGAUGUGAAGCGGUUCCUGCGAACAGCCCCGUGCGUGUCAAAGGUGCGCGAGUGGGUCAGGUGCUUUUUAGGCGCUCUGUGUGUGUGUGUGUGUGUGUGCGCAGGGGACCCAGCUUCGCUUCCACAGGAUGCUGAGUGCACGCUUUGGACCCUCCGCGGCUGCAAGAUCUCCGCCGGUUCCAAAGGGUGGCUGCGCAAGUACGGAGGGCAGCACAAGAUCCUCACGAAGAAGAGCCUGUCCCAGCUUUGCCAGGAUGCCGCUUCCGCACUCGCAUCCGGGGAGGAGCCUGACGGCCCGGCUUGCGACCCCCCGCUGCGGCCGUGCCAGCAGGCGUGCUUGGAGGCGUGCGCCAAAGGAGCUCGGGUGAUCGAGAUGGCCUGCGGCACAGGGAAGACGCGCGUGAUGCGAGAGCUGGCCGAGAAGCAGUCUGGCCAGGUCUUGGUCACCGUCCCCUCGCGCGUUCUCCUGGAGCAGUUCGCCGAAGAGCUGCCGCUCUUCUGCAAGGUGGGCACCGGCUACAACGGCCAGAUCGACAUGGAGUCCCGUGGCUUCAUUGCAGUGACCGACUCCGUGCAGCUUCUGCAAAAGUUGAAGUUCGAGGCCGCUUUCAUCGACGAGGCCCAUCACCCUGUGCCAAAAGGGAUGCCGAGCUGCAAGGACGUCUUCAAGUUCUCUGCGACGCACAAGGAGGAGGCAGACUUCCGGUACAGUCUUGGUGAAGCGAUCGAGCAGGGGGUGCUCUGCGACUACGACCUCACGGUGCCGGUAACGAGCGAGGGCCACCCCUACAUCUGCCUGGCGAACCUGCUGCUGUCGCAGGCCGGGCGCUUCCGGCGAGUGCUGGCGUACUGCAACUCCAUUGCAGAGGCCAGGCGGUUCCGCCGCGUGGUGAAGACCGUGGGGUUGGCGGCAUGGCACAUCAACGGCGAGACGAGUCGCAAGGAACGCGAGCGGGUGAUGUGCCAAUUUUCGGGGGAGUUGACGAAACCUGCGCAUGUGCUGGUGACGGUUCAAGUGCUGGGCGAGGGCGUCAACAUCCCGAACGCGGACACCUGCAUGUUCGUGGAGCCGCGCAGCAGCUACGUGAGCAUCAUUCAGGCCAUCGGCCGGGGCUUGCGCUUGCAUCCAAGCAAGCCCUUGGCCCACGUCGUCUUGCCCGCUCUUGCAGUCCUUCAUAGUCCGGCUGGUGCACUGCCGCUUUCUGCGAAGAGCGCCAGUCUGCAGGUCGCAGCUUCUUCAGAGGCACAGCCAAAUGGAAUCGCAGAGGUCUCGAUGCUUGAACGCCCGGAGACGGACGUGGGCACCGAGGUCCCGCUUCGAGAAACACUGCUUGGGGGCCUCGAGCCUCACGUGACGGAGGCGGCCGCCAGGCAGAGUCGCCGCAACGCGCCGCCGGCCGCUCCUGGCAUGAAAACUGCGGAUGGCAAGGAUGAGACUUCAAAGAUUGCUGGAGAGGAGGGCGUGCCCGCAGCAGGCCAAAACAACCGAGAAAAAACCGACAGUGUAGCUGAUGACAUCGAGCGCCAGUCUGCAGAGCUCGAAGGGAGCCGCGUGGAUUGGGCUGGUGAGCCAUUCCUGCCAGCUCCGAAGCUUGGGGUUGACAAGGGUGGCAAUGCGGUGCCUAGGGCAGCAGGAAACCCGACUGGCGUUCGGCCUGUCGUGCCAGUUGUGCCGUGCUCGGCCAGUGAAAGGCCGCCUGCAAUCAUGCCUGACUUCGGCACCGCACCUCGCAGGGCAGCUGGAGCGAAAUCGGAACAGGAAUGGCUCCUUGACGGGCCUCCGAUCCAGGCCGUGAGCAAAGACCAAAGCCAGACUGGUUCAUCGAGUGCUGAGGCUGAGAGGCGGGGACACGGAAAUGGAAGCAGGAUCGGAACACGCAGACCUGGCCUCAAUUCCAGACUGAGGUCAAGGGCCGCUAGUGAUGUCGGAUUUUUCGGGACAAGUUAUUCAGAGCAGCUGGCUCGGUUCCUGCGUGCGAUCGCUAGAAGUGACUGCCGCUAUGCUGAGAAGGAUACAGAAUAUCUGCAAUCUCGCUUGUGGUUUACGGACUGCAGGUUGAACAAAGAGGUCUCGAUGCAUCCGCUGGUUCGCAGCAUGCAGGAUCAGCUGGCACUGAUCUUACAACGACGUGAUCCCUGGGAUGUGCGUUUGAAGGCAGUGGAGCAGUUUGCCAAGGAACAUGGCAGGCUCCCCCGUCAGAAAUCAACGUAUCCUGGGGAGAGUGUUCUGGGAGUGUGGCUGCACAACAUCGGCUACUUGCAAAAGAGGCAAGAGCUUGCAGCCACCAGAAUGCAGAAGCUUUUGAACUCACCAUGCAGAAGUUUGAGGGCCCGCGUGGCAAAGUGGCUGGAGCCUUCUACAGCCUUUGAGAAGCGACUGGGGGAGUUGCAGUGGUUUGUCCAAGAGCAUGGCAGGCUCCCGCGCUGGCAAAGUUCUGUCCCUCGGGAGGAGGUCUUGAACAGGUGGCUAGGCAGGGUCGGCUACUUGCUCAGAAAGCAGACGCUCCCAGCCGCCAAGAUACAGAAGUUGUUGAACUCAUCCAGCAUGAUAAGCGCCCGUGCCAUGCAGUGGCUGGAUUCUGACACUCGUGCAACCUUCGAGGGGCGAGUGGAGGAGGUGCAGCGGUUUGUUCGAGAGCACGGCAGGCUCCCGCGCCGUCACAGUUCUAUGCCUGGGGAGACUGUUUUGGGCGUGUGGCUCGGCAGGGUUCGCGGCUUGCAUGCAAAACUGCAGAAGCUGUUGAAUUCAUCAUGUAGCAUGAUAAGGGCCCGUGCUGCGCAAUGGUUAGGCGCUGGUGCUCGCACAUGCUUCCAGAGGCGAGUGGAGGAGUUGCAGCAUUUUGUCCAACUGCAUGGGCGUAUGCCCCAAAACGCCAAGGCGAGUUCGGUUGGCGAGCGCAAACUGAUGAAAAGACUGCUGCAGCUUGUCAGGCCCACGCAAGUGAGCAACACUAGAAUGAAGCGGCUUCAGCGUUUGGCACAGCUUGGCCCCGUUGUUGCAAGUUGGACAAGGUCAAGGCAAGCACAACAGCCCAGAGUCCUAUUCCGACCGUGGGUGCGGAAGUUAAACGAAUUGAUUGGCUUUGUGAAUACUAACAAGAGGCUGCCACGCCAGAAUCCUGGGGAGACCCAUCUGUAUUCUUGGUUGGCCAGGCAGCGGCGGCGACUGGCAAGUCUCCCCCCUGAGCUCCGAAACCCACUUACUCAUUCCCAUCCGUUAGUCGCUGCAUAUUUGCAGAUCAGAGUAUGA